GACUGUCGCGGCCGUCAGUCAGCCAGUGCAACAUCAGCUAUCAACCACACCUUCCCGGGGGUUGCUUCGCUGUCAACCGUACCCUUUCGACGGAGGAGAGACGCGCGACGUCUGGACCGCUGCAACUCCGAGUAUCGUACAAGAAAAGAUAAGAAUCUAAGAAGAUGGAGUUAAAAGGACGAGUUGCUUUAGUGACAGGAGCAGCAUCCGGCAUCGGCAAGGCAUAUGUCAUCGAACUAUUGAAUCAGGGUGCCAAGGUGGCUAUAUGUGAUAUAAACACCGAAGAAGGAGAGAAACUGGUAGAAACAUUAACUGAAAAGUAUGGUAAAGAUCGCGUGAUUUUUUCGCAAUGUGACGUUACGGAUUAUCCUCAAUUUGAAGAAUCGUUUCAGACAACGAUCACAGAAUUCGGUCAUAUUGAUAUUGUUAUCAAUAAUGCUGGUAUCCUGAAUGACCGGUUUUGGGAGCUUGAAGUAGAUAUUAAUCUCAAUGGAGUAAUACGCGGCACUUUGCUUGCUCAACGAUUUAUGGGCACCGAUAGGGGUGGCCAGGGUGGAAUCGUUAUUAAUACUGGCAGCAAUGUUAGUAUUAACCCUUACGUCAGCGUGCCAGUUUAUUCAGCGACGAAAGCAGCUAUUGUCAGCUUUACCAGAGCUUUUGGGGACCAAUAUCACGUAGAUUUGACGGGUGUUAAGGUGAUGUCACUUUGUCCGGGUGCCACAGAUACAAAAUUGGUACGUGAUGUCAAUAGAAAGCUUCUAUUGGCUCGAUACGAGGAUGCUUGGCAAAGAGAUAUAAUAUCAUCAAUUCCUCAAAGAACGGAACACGUGGCCAAGGCGUUGGUGCACGUGUUAAACACCGGGAAGAGCGGAAGCGUAUGGAUGGUGGAAAAGGAUCAGCCGCCGUACGAGAUCAGCUAUACGAAGCACAAUCACUUUGUGAUUCAGAUUGAUUUGAUAUUCGUAUACUGUCUCAAAAGCAUAUUGAACGCGUUUAUAAUGAAGAUUCAAGGGAAAACUGCACUCAUCACUGGCGGAGCCAACGGUAUCGGCUAUUGCACCGCUCAUGAAUUACUUCAACGCGGAGCGAAGGCCAUUGCAAUCAUAGAUUUGCCCGAUUCAAACGGCGAUAACGCUGUUGCGGAAUUAAAGAAGGAAUUCGGCACAAAGCGUGCCAUUUUCCUCGUUGGAAACGUAGCUAAUGCCAAGGAAUUAACGGCUUGCUUUGAAAAGGCAAUAGAGUCAUUUGGCACACUGGAUAUUGUUAUCAAUAAUGCUGGCAUCAUGAAUGAUGCGGAAUGGGAACCAAUGGUGGAUAUUAAUUAUAAAGGGAUUGUACGUGGUACAAUAUUGGGCCUGAAUCACAUGGGCAAGCAUAAGGGCGGAAAAGGUGGGACUAUCGUCAACAUGUCUUCCAUAGUCGGCUUGCAAGGCAAUCCGAUAGCGCCGAUUUUCGCCGGAACGCAAUUUGCCAUAGUUGGUUUUACUUCAUCGUUACUGGCUUUUUACGAGAAAACAGGUGUACGUGUAUUAAUAAUAUGUCCCGGUGUUACAACCACUGGACUGGCUUCAAAAUUCAUGUCGAGCAAAGCCUACGCGAUGGAUCUCCUUGAUGAUGACAUCGCUGCCAAGGAGAUGACGACAAUGGAGAGCCAAUCACCCGAACAUGUCGCAACUGCUAUCAUGGAAUUGAUUGAAAAAGGAGAAAAUGGCGCGACCUUCGUCAGCGAAAACAAUCAAUCUGUUUACGCUGUCAAAUUACCAUUCUAUACUGAUUUGAAAAUUCCACUGUAAAAUCUGCAAUUUAUAACAAAUCAUACUUGUUACACGGACACGUCUCGAUACUUUUAUGAUUAUUAAAAAUAAAUAUAAUUCAAGCAAAAUUCUAAAAAUGAAUUUUGCGCAUAAAGUUUCCGAUUAUUAAUUAUUUAAUAAAUGAAUAGUACAAAAAACGCUAUUAGAGCUAAAGCUGGUUGGUUUUGCUUACAAUAGACAAUUUAAUAAUUAAUAGUACAGACGUCUCGGCCAUUGGUUUUGGCCAUCUUCAGUGUAAAAGUAUCGAUGUGUAGUCACAACGUCAUCGGUUAAUGUGUUGAAUACAAAAAAAGCCGGUACAAAUAUACAUGUUUUUAUUCUCUCUAGAAUUAGAUAUAUACUAGUUGUAAUAAAUUUGGCAAAAUGUUAAAAAGAAAUAGAUAGAGUCAACACCGUAAAGAAAUGAUCGAUAAGUCCGAUCGUAGCAAUAUUCACGCACAAUAUGUGAGAGAGUUCAUUAUCUGUUUUAACAUAGAAGUAAGUUUAUAAAAGUAUAUUUUAUUUAUUUU